AUGUCUGCCGCAACGCCAAAGGAGGAUUCGGCAAUGCUGAUGCCACCGCCAUCCACCGCCGCAUCCGCAUCCGCGUCCGCAUCAUCUCCGUCUUCCUCAUCGUCCACCCUCCCCGUCACAGCGCCCCUGGACGAGCGGCUGACAGACGACGACAUUGACUCGCUCAUCGCCUCCCUAUCCCCGACAUCCGAACUCGACCAUCUGCGCUCGAUCGAAAAGACGAUCCGCGAGACGCAGUCCAGACGCAAGAAAGAGGAAGAAGAGAACCGCGCCAAGAUCCACGCUCUGCAAUCCGCACUUUCCGAUCUGCGCAAGCAGUCGACGCGACAGGCGGCCGAGUGGCGAUCGCUCGCCCAGCACGCAGAGACGAUUGAAAAACUCGACAACCGCAACUUCGACCUAGCCAAGAAAAUCAACGAACAGGAAAGCGUGCUCAGCAGCAUGCAGAACCAGGUCGUCGAACUCAAACACAUGUCUGAAGCCCUCGAAGAGGUCGACAUCGAAGACGAGACCGAAAUGGACCGCGAUGCCUUGUGCCUCCGAAUCUUCCGAAGCCUCGGCUUCCUCCCUUCCAAAUCCUCCCCCACCACAGACGAAUGGUCCAGCAUCCUUGUCCGCUCCGACACCCGCAACACCGCCAUUCAAUUCGACAUCGCCACUGCCCACCUCAAGCAAAACGAAAUCUCCCCGCUCAUCCUCGCCGACCAACUCUGGAAAGCCGCGGAGUAA